AUGAAGGCAUUGGAGUGUGUAGGGCAUGGAGUCAGUGUACAUGCAAAAAUUCUGAAUGGCCUGCAUUGGAGGUGCAAGCAGGUGAUGCAUUCGAAUUUUUACUUUUACUUUUUACUUUUCUACUUUUUUUGGUAUUUUUACUUUUUAGAAUUUAUUUUUGGGAAUUUUAACAAGUUUCUGAAGAUUUUUAAUUGAUCCACUAUGGUGGGCGAUAAUCGUUAA